CAAGGAGGUUCAAGAUUCCAUCUGGAGCCCUUGACCCCCUCCGGCCUGACGGCCACAAACUUCUCUCAACUUCUCACUUCCAAACUUUCACAGUGUCUGGCACCAUGCCCCAAGAAGUUGCCUUUGAUCUCUACGAUGAGCGCUGGAGGGACUGCUGGGUGGCAGCCACCUCUACAGCUCGGCAGCGCAAGAAGCAGGUGGACAUGGACAUCCAGCUGCGAGUGCAGCGGCUCAUUGAGGACCAUGGGCCGCAGACCGAGAAGCCCCUGACUCUCCGGGUCUAUGGGACGAUGAUCAAAGGCUUUUGUGUCAUCAACAAUGAGAGGGCGCGAUCCCUUUACUUCGAUUCCGAACGUGUGGUGUUGAUGUUUGCCCGCCAGCCCUUCACGGAGGAUCACAAGAUUAGGCUCCCAGCUGCCAAGAGGCAACGCAUGGAGGCAGCCUUGACCCUGGACCUGGAUCUGGCCCGAGUGGAGGCCUGUGAGGCCUUUGAUUGGACCAGGGCACCACUGGAGCAGGGAGCUCUGCUGCAGCUGGGUGCGGGGUUUUCUCAAGAAGUCCUGCCCUCUAUCGAAUUGGCCGAAUUGAAGAUGCCCCAGCUACUGGAUCCCAGUGCUUGUGAGGUGUCUCAUGAUCAGAAGCCGGAAGGCUGGGUGCCGCGAUUUCAGGCCGAAGAAGGGAACAAGGAGGGAAAGGAUCGGUUGGAAGUUACUGACGCACAGGAUUGUAAGAUCGUGGCCAUUGCCGAAGGCGCCGUUCCCAACGUGCCCAACAUCGAGCUGCAGGAGCCGCCCGUAGCGCCAGCUGCCGUGGACCUUGAGACGCUGGCGAUGGAGGCAUCGAAGCGCUGCCGCCAGGAACGCGCCGCAGCUGCACUGCUGCGGCCUGGCGUGGUCUAUGGCUUUGAUGGCAAUCCCAUCAUGGUGAAAGGUCAAGAUGAGCGCCACGAGAGUCUCUGUCGCCCUCGCCUCAAUGCAGCCACCUACCACGAGAUGAUGGAGCUGGACGCGCAACCGGUGGAUCGCUUUGCGCCCAACUUCAGGCUGUUGGUGGAUCCAGACAGCGUGCUGUACUUCGAGCAGGGGACAAACGUGGCCCUCUCUGAGUUGCCUGAAAUGCAGUCCCUCCUCAGUGGAGCACCCAAGCUGCAUGCAGAUGUCCCCGAUGCUGAGAUGUAUGCGGCCGCUGAGUCUGCAGCCAUUGACACCCUGCUUGGUGAUGUUGUGAUGGAACCGGUAGAGCUGGAGGAUGACAUGAAGCUGGGUGGAUUUGGCAAUGUGGAAGCACAAGAUGAUCGAACAGCAGAAGUGGGAGACAUCAUUCGCAAGUGCUUGCGCGGGGCGAAGAAUGGUGUGAUUUCCUUCGACAGCAUCAUGCGGCCAGGUCAACAAGACAGGACCACGGCAGCCUUGACCUUCGCGUCCGUACUGGCACUCGCAAGUGCCGGAGAGCUGUCAGUUCAACAGGCUGAACCAUUCUCUGCAAUCAUGCUCGCGGAAGCUGGAUGCCUCUAGUUUGGUGCGGCGUUGGAUGACAGUUGGCUCCAUGAAUUUAGACUUUCUGAUUCGGAGUUGAGAGGGGUGUACAGGAUGGCAAGGCUUUGUUAGUGUUAGUUCGUAUUGGCCUUGCUCAGUGCCUCAGUGCUUGGGGAGUGCAUAGGACAAACCUGGAUGCUGGACCUUUGGCUGAUGGCGCGAGCCUUUGGGUGUCCGGGUUUCUAUGCCAAGCGUUGCUUGGAGCGAUCGCAAAGGAGAUUGUGACAGGAAACAAAUCAGAGAAGCAAAA